AUGUCUCUUCUGGUGCGACCGGCGAAGCGCAAGCUCGAUGAGGUGGAGGGGCAGGAGCGACGCGUCGCACAGAGAUUCGACAAUCACAUUAACCACCACCACCACCACCACCACCACAACAACAACAACAACAACAACAACAACAAUUAUGAUCGUCAAGGGAGUCGGAGUCACGGGUUGAUGCGAUCGCCGGCGACUACUACGGGUCGGAGUCGGAGUCAGACAGCGUCGGUGGAUACGAACGAGCAGAAUGCGUUCGCCGAACAGCCCCUGGCCGACCGCGACCUGACGUCGAACCGUGCGUCGCCCAUCCCCUUUGACAGCCCGCUUGAGGCGCAGCGGGUUUUCAACCAGAGUGCGUCGAUAGUGCUGAUCGGGAUCCGGGGCACGGGCAAGUCGAGUCUGGCGGUCAUCCUCGCCGCGACGUUUGGCCGCCGGCUGAUCGAUGCCGACCAGUACUUCGAACAGAUGACAGGGAGGUCCCGCGCCGCCUUCAAGAAGGAAUAUAGCAUCAUCGAGUAUCGCCAGCAGGAGGCGAGGGUUAUCGACUCGAUGCUGGCCGACCACCGAGACGGCUGCGUCAUCGCCUGCGGGCCCGGGUCGAUGGAGCGUACCGGGCAGCGUCUGCUGAGGGAAUACGCAAAGACACACCCCGUCGUUCACGUCGUUCGAGACCCGGAGAGCAUCCAAGCAUACCUCCAGGCCUGGGACACGGCGCGGGUGCGCCGCUUUCUCGAGCUGUCGGGCCCCUUGUACCGUGCCUGCUCCAAUCUGGAGUUCUUCAAUCUGCCCGAGACAGCCGGGGAAGACCACAGCAUUAGCAGCAGCAAUAGCAACAACAGCAACAAUAACCACCACCAUAACAACAACAGCAGUAGCAAAGAAUGUCAAAGUUUAGACCAUCGGCUACAGUCCUCAACCCCGUUUCUCACACUGAAACGGUUGCAGCGCGACUUUCUGCGCUUCAUCGCCUUUGCGACAGGCAACUUCUCCCAUCUGCGCAAGCAACAGGCAUCCUUUCCACUCUCGCUGCUACCCAUCGAGUCCCGCACCUAUACCUAUGCCGUUUCGGUGCCCCUGUCGGCCCUGCUCGAACGAGAGUUGGACAUUGAGGACCUGGAAUCAAGUUCGGAUGCCUUCGAGCUGACUAUUGAUAUGGCCAACCCACCGUCGAUGCAGCUUGGUUUGGACUCGGCCUUUGCAGACCGUAUCAGCCAGACCGUCUCCACGAUCCGUCGGCAUAUCAUCGUACCCCUGAUCUACCAUGUCGAGAGUGAGAUGCCCCCGAGAAGCCCGUCGCCUACCAGUCACGGCGGCUGUACCCCUGGGCAUGCACGGCGCCCCGAGGAAGCCUAUAUGGAACUGAUUCGGCACGGCCUACGGCUAGCCCCGGAGUUUCUCACAGUAGAUCUUAGCUACAGUGACAGUCUGCUCUCGCAGGUCAUUGCAAUCAAAGGCUCCACACGCAUCAUUGGCCAUUAUGCUGGGCCGCCGCACGGUUGGGACGAGGCCGAGCACAUGCAACGGUACGACCGCGCCAGGCGACUUGGCUGCGACCUGGUACGUCUGUCACAGCCGGCCACCUCGAUCGAUGACAAUUUUGCCGUCCAACGGUUCCGCCAUCGUAUCGACUCGCUGCCGGGGCCCCAUCCGCCCAUCAUUGCAUACAACACAGGUCUACUCGGCCGCCUCUCAGGGGUCUACAACCCAAUCCUGACCCCGGUCACGCACCGCAGUCUUGCCGCCGGUGGUGGUGGUGGUGGUGGUGGUAGUGGUGGCAAUAAUAUUAAUGGCGGAGGAGGGACUAUAUCAAGCGAGCUCUCGCCCUGUCUCGACGUGCAACAGGCUCGCGAGGCUCUAUACGCCUCCUUCACUCUCGACCCGAUGCGCUUCUACGUCUUCGGGGCCAACACGACCUACAGUCUCUCCCCCGCGAUGCACAACGCGGCGUACAAGCUGUCCGGCCUACCGCACAUGUACAGCAUCCACCAGUCGCCGACCCUGCGCGGCCUUCACGAGAUCGUGGAAAACCCGUACUUUGGCGGCUCCAGCGUCAGCCUACCGUACAAGACCGAGGUGAUCCCCCUGCUGCACUCCAUGUCGCCACACGCGCGCGCCAUCGGGGCCGUCAACACGCUCAUCCCGAUCCGUCACUUUGAUACGCCCGACCUGCCCCCUUCCUCGGCCUCGUCCCCUUCCUCGCCGGCCCCCGCCUGGCUGGCCCUGGAACGCAGCCGCGCCGGCCCCGUCAAGGCCCUCCAUGGUGACAACACCGACUGGAUCGGCAUCUGCAACUGCAUCCGACGCGGCCUCUCGCCCGCCAACGCCGUCCGCCCCGCCACCACGGGCGUCGUCAUCGGCGCCGGCGGCAUGGCCCGCGCCGCCGUCUACUCCCUCAUCCAUCUCGGCGUGCAGAACAUCUUCGUCCACAACCGCACCGUCGCAAAGGCCGAGAAGCUCGCCGCCCACUAUAACCGCCAGCAGGCGCUCUACCCGCCCGUCCCCACUACCAACAAACCAACCGUUCACGUUCUCCCUUCGCUCCAAGACCCCUGGCCUACGGGCUUCAAACAACCCACCAUCGUCGUCUCUUGUAUCGUCGCCCACAGCAUCGACGGCCAGCCCCCGCCCAACUUCCGCAUGCCCCUCCAAUGGCUCGAAAGCCCAACCGGAGGCGUCGUAGUUGAUCUGGCGUAUAAACCCCUCAACACCCCCCUGAUCAUGCAGAUGCGCGCCCUCUCCCACCGCGGCUGGUCCGCUCUCGACGGCCUCGACGUCCUCCCCGAACAGGGGUUCGCCCAGUUCGAACUCUUCACAGGCCGUCGUGCCCCGCGCCGUCUCAUGCGUGCCGUCGUCUUGGAAGAGUACCGUGGUGAGGAGGGCCAGUAUGAUCCGUCGGCAAUGCGGACUAGACUCCAACGACUCGAUGGGCAGCCGAAUUGA